GACUGAUUCCAAAUCGAGUGCGGCUCAGUCUCGCAUUUUGACAUUGAAUCCCCGCAGUGCCAAUGGACACGGAGAUCAACCAAAACCUCGCAAAGGACAUCCUGGGCAAUGACGCAUACAUCCAGCAGGGCGCAGACGCCAUCCGCACGCGCCAAAACCUCGUCAAAUCGCUGCUCGCACAACGCAAAUGGCCAGAGCUAGGCUGGGACGAAAUGUCCAUUGAGCUGCUGUUGAGCGAUCUCGCGCAGAUGGACAGCAACAACUUUCCAGCAAACAUUGGCGCUGGCGAACGCGAGGCGCGCGUGUACUCGGACUUGGUUGCGCGCAGGCACUUUCGAAUGGCGCACGGCAUUGGUCGCUCGGGUGACAUUGCAGCAAUCCAGCCAAAGGCAGCUGGUUCGUCACUCAUCAUGAAACUCGUCAACAUUAUGUGCCUGGACGUGAUUCGAUUAGCCGGUGUUCAUGCAGCUAAUGCAUGCAUCGCUCUACCUCUGGCAACGGGAAUGGCAAUGGUCAUGACAUUGUUGACGUUAGCUCAAACACGACCACCGUCGGCAAGAAAGGUGCUCUGGCUCCGCAUUGAUCAAAAGUCCUGCAUCAAGGCAAUCACCGCUUGUGGAUUCGAAGUUGUUGUUGUUGAUAAUGCCAUCGAGGGCGACGAAGUGCGCACGGAUUUGUCUGCGCUCCAACAUCAGGUGAACACUGUCGGAAAGGACAACAUUUUGUGCAUCGUUUCGACGACGAGCUGCUUUGCACCACGGUGUCCAGAUCGCAUUGUCGAGAUUGCAAAAAUCUGUGCGACAGAGAGCAUCCCGCAUGUCAUCAACAAUGCCUACGGUAUCCAGAGCUCUAAAAUCACGGCGCUCAUACAAGACGCGCACAAGGCGGGACGAGUCGACGCGUUCGUGCAGUCCUCCGAUAAGAACUUGAUGGUACCUGUGGGUGGCGCGCUCGUAGCUGGUCACGAUCGUGCAUUCAUCAAACGCAUCGGUGAAAUGUACCCUGGUCGAGCGUCUGCCGCCCCUUCCGUGGAUAUUUUCAUCACACUGCUGUCCAUGGGUCAGCAAGGCUUUCGUUCCCUGUUGAAGCAACGAAAGGUUGUGUUUGAACAGCUUCGAGCAAAACUCGGCGCGUUUGCCGUCAGCCAAGGUGAACGGCUGCUGGAAACCCCUCACAAUCCCAUUUCACUCGCCAUCACGCUGUCGACGUUCGGAUCGGACGCAACAAGGCUCGGGUCGUUCUUGUUUACGCGAUGCGUGUCUGGAACUCGCGUGGUUGCCGCAGACCGCGCAGCAGCAACAACAUCGGUUGGUCCCGUUUCCCUGUCCAAUUUCGGCGCUCACCACAGUGCCUACCACGGUGCCUACCUGACAGCAGCUGCCGCGAUCGGCAUGACCGAACAAGAAGUGGACGCAUUGAUUGAUCGGCUGACUGCUGCCUUCAAGGAUUUACGCGCGGCGAUGAACCAGCCAUAGCAAAGUUCCCAACCUCACGUGUUGAUUUCGAUUUCUUUGCGUGUACUGUUGAUUUGUAGAUUGUAGAUUGUAGAUUUUUUUAAUUCAAGGAUUAACAAG